CGCAGGCGCAGAGUACGCGUGGCGUUGAGCGAGGCAGAGGCUCGCUGUUUGCGGGUCUCCGCUCGGGUCUGGGACGCAGAACCCGGUAGCUGCGGCGCGGGUGUCAUGUCAGACAACGAGGACAAUUUUGAUGGCGACGACUUUGAUGACGUGGAGGAGGAUGAAGGGCUAGAUGACUUGGAGAAUGCCGAGGAGGAGGGCCAGGAGAACGUUGAGAUCCUCCCUUCUGGAGAGCGACCACAGGCCAACCAGAAGCGAAUCACCACACCAUAUAUGACCAAGUAUGAGCGAGCCCGUGUGCUGGGCACCCGAGCCCUCCAGAUCGCGAUGUGUGCCCCCGUGAUGGUGGAGCUGGAGGGGGAGACAGAUCCCUUGCUCAUCGCCAUGAAAGAGCUCAAGGCCCGAAAGAUUCCCAUCAUCAUUCGCCGUUACCUGCCUGACGGGAGCUAUGAAGACUGGGGGGUAGACGAGCUUAUCAUCACCGACUGAGCCGGAAUCAUCUUCCUGACUGCCUCAGCCCCAGUUUCUAGUCUCAUGUUCUUUAUACGUGUAAAUAAUAAAUUCUUCAACAUUUCAA